GACAUUUAAUGUGCAACACGUGGGUCAGUGGGGGAAGAUGGCAGUCCUUAGCGGAGCCACAAACUCGAUACACGACAUUCUCUUGAUGAGAAUCCAUGGGAGUUGGAUUAAACCGGUCUGUAUCCCGGAAAUUGUUUAGGAUUUGAGGUAAAUGCUGCCGGGAGAUGCUGUCGCCGCAAGAGAAAACAAGCGGAGAACCAGAAAAAUAAAAUCACAGAAUCGAGGCCUAUCGUGACAGUUAGCUGGUGAUAGAAUGGAUGAAGACUGCAAUGGCCAUCCCUACAUGUCAGGCAGUGGAGACUCUUCGAGGGAGUUUUCAGGGGCCGUGGGAGGCCGCACAGUGAGCACCCCCAACAGCCAGCACACUUCCCCCAGCCGUUCUCUUAGUGCUAACUCCAUCAAAGUGGAACUGUACAGUGACGAGGAGGUGGGCCGUGGCACAGGACCAGAGGAUGAGAAAGGGGACAAGGUGGAGGAGGGGGAUUCUGAGCAGGGAGGAGAGGCAGGAGGCGGCUACAGGGAGCUGGCCAGUCCGGAGCCCAUGUCACCAGGAGGUGCCACCCGGCUGCCCAAUGGGAAACUCAAGUGUGACGUCUGUGGGAUGAUCUGCAUUGGGCCCAAUGUCCUCAUGGUGCACAAACGCAGCCACACAGGUGAGCGGCCAUUCCAGUGCAAUCAGUGUGGGGCCUCCUUUACACAGAAGGGGAACCUGCUUCGUCACAUUAAGCUGCACUCAGGGGAGAAGCCCUUUAAAUGUCCCUUCUGCAGCUAUGCAUGCCGCAGACGGGACGCUCUCACCGGCCACGUCCGCACUCACUCGGUGUCAUCUCCCACAGUGGGAAAGCCCUAUAAGUGUAGUUACUGUGGACGCAGCUACAAGCAGCAGAGCACCCUGGAAGAGCACCGCGAAUGCUGCCACAGCUACCUGCAGAGCCUGGAGACACAGAAGCCAGCCAGUGCUCACACUCAAGUAGAGGAGCUGAGGGACCUGGAGUUCAUGCCUGACAACCUGCUGCAACCUUCCUCAGACAAGAUUACGUUCAUCGAUCGGCUGGCCAACAGCAUCACCAAACGCAAGAGAUUCACACCACAGAAAUUUGUAGGACAGAAGCACAUGCGCCACAGUCUAGCUGACACGCCUUUCGAGCUCAGCGCCGCCUUUGACAAGGACGGGGAGAAACAACACGGUCUGGACCAGCCACACUACACCGUCCUGGGAGGAGGCUACCUGGGGGUGCCAGGAGCUGGUGGAUCUGAAGGCCUCCGACCCCUAUGGCUGCCACCCCCUCACCCCUCCUGCCUGUCAGAGCUCCGGCCAGUCAUCAGCUCGGCUCACACCCCCAUGGUGCCGCUGGGGCCGAGGCUGGACUGCAUGGGGGCCGGGGCUGGCCUAGGGUCCACAGGAGUGGGGGGCAGGGAGGCUGCAGAGGGUCACGAGGACCUACCUCUUGGACUCAGCCACGCCCCUUCGCCUAGCAACGUUUGCCAGGACUCCACAGACACUGAGAGCAUGCCGGAUGAAGUGUUAAGCAAUGUGGCGCCUGCCCUGCCUCUCCACAACAACAAUCACCACCUCCACUCCAACCACCACCCACCCCCUCCGCCCCUACUGCACCACAGGGGUAGGGACAGACACAGCCCAAGCCACGCCAGGGAGAGGGAAGAGGAUGGCAACUCUGCCACCACCCCGGCCCCAGGCUCCCCCACCUCCAGGGAGGCGUUUCGAGUGGUGGACGGAGAGGGGCACGUGUUGCGCUCCUUCCGCUGCGAGCACUGCCGCGUGCUCUUCCUGGACCACGUCAUGUUCACCAUCCACAUGGGCUGCCACGGCUUCCGCCAGCCCUUUGAGUGCAACAUCUGUGGCCAUCGCAGCCAGGACCGCUACGAGUUCUCCUCGCACAUUGUCCGCGGGGAGCACCUGCUAGGCUGAGGGAUGGCUGGGCAGUACUUAGGUUUUGUUUGUUUUUUUACUCUGAGAGAAGGGCCUGCUUGGGUUUGGUCUGCAUCACAAUAGGGGGUAGGGGUAGUACGAAACUGCUUUUAGUAAAUUAUUUGUGCAAAGGCAUUGAUACUGUUACCACAUAAACCUUGACUUCAAAUAGGCACAUUAGGUCAAUUGCAUCACUUUUAAAAAGGAAAGAGAAUCCUCACCACUCUGAAUGCACUUUUCAAAAUGCAUGAAUUCUUAAUGAGAAAAUGCACUUUCAAAUAGAUUUUAUUCUGAAGUAAAGGGAGUGAAUGUACUUUUUUUUUCUUUUUUCCUCAAAGUGCCUUUCUCUGCUGUGGUCUACCUUUCCUCUCUUAUCCUGGUAAAAACUGGGUGCACAAAACAGUGAUGCUACCAUCUAGACAAUGUGAUUUAAAUGUGACAUUUUGAGUUGUUUCGUCGACUGCACUGUAAUCAAUAUUUUAACCAAGAUAAAAACAAGAACAGUCAGGCUUCCUUGGAAUUUGUCAAAGCUCUAUUUGAAAAGCACUUAACGGAUCUAUUCCAUUCCGUAACACUCCUAGUCCCUGGGGGUGUGGCAGACAGUGUUGUUUAAGAUUGUGUGUAGAUGGUAUAUAUUACUGUUGGUCAUUUAUUUUAAUAAGUUGCGGUGCAGACUGGACCCAGGAUCCCAAGUUAAAUGUUCAGAAGAGAUUUGAGGGGUUGGCCUCAAUGAGGAGUGCACUUUUGAAUUUCAGUUUGUGUAUAUGUGUGUGUUUGUUAUUUUGGAAGUUAAGUUAAAUGAGAGUUUUAGGCUUUUAGCAGUGUGAAUGUCGUGGAAUGGGUGGGGUGCAGUAUGUUUGUUUUGUUUCCUUUAAUUGCUUUUGUUGCACUGAGAUACCUGCCGAGAUAAUUUAUAUUUUAUAGAAGAUUACAUUUAUGGCCUGCACCUUUCUCUGUGCAGCCUGUUGAAAGAAAUAAAACUUUUUAAAACUCAUUCCACAAAAGAAGAGAGCCACUGCCACUAUUUUGGAGUUGACGUCAACAAAGGGCUGGGAUAAGAUUUUUGGCCAUUUUAUGUCCUUGAUAUCCCACUGCUUUGUGUACUACAAAACAAACCUAAACAUGAUUAUUAUUUACAAGUGAGACUUAAAACAAUUGUAUAUUCAUUGUACUGUGCCUUUCAUGAUGUUGGCCUGGGGGACAUGUAUUAACAGCCAUGUCUUGCCAACAUAUAUCUUUAUGGAUGAGAAGAGGUAGUUAUUUUGAUGAUAUAACAUGAAAUAUCCUGUCUGCCCCUGCUAAGUAGCCUGCCCAUGCUGAAUUCUAGAUUGCCCUUCACUAGUCACUUUGAUUUGCACAGUCACUCAUUUCUUAAGUAGCCUAAUCAUGUAAAUUGUAUUACAUCGUCCAAAAAGGAAAUAAACAUGUUUUAAAAAAGCACUCGGGCAUAUAAAAGAUUUACAAAUAUUCAGUUGAUAAGUACAUAUCCAGAAGAUUGUCACCUGCUGCUAAGGCAUAAAUGAGUAGUGUCUGUGGUUGUCCACAGUCCUCUGUGGUUGAGAUUGAGUACAUGGUUCAUCCGAAGUGACGUUGAAAUGCUUAUUCUUGUUCAAUGAUUUUGGGGAACUUGAUGAAUACGCACUUGUGAAUUUAAAAAAAGCACUUACAUUGAGAGAUUAGGAAACUGAGGGUAAGGGGUCAGUUAGGUCCUGAUUGGUUUUGGCAGUUGCCUUACUUGUUUACCUAAUCUCUUUGUCUUCACAGUGAAUGAACUUGGAAGCCCGUGGGGUUUAUAGCUCUUGAUUAGGGCCCCAGAGUUUUCUAUGGUCAAGAAAAACUACUGGCCCUACUUAUGACACAGAUGAAGUAUGACAGACUGGAAAAUCUGCCAUGGGAUUUCUUUAUAAAAUAAAUGAAACUUUACCUCAUAAUUGCCUCUGGGGGGAUAAAGGUUUGGUGAAUGUUUAUUUCUUUUGGUGGUUAAUUUGACCUUUUAUGUUUUGACAGCGACAGCUCUGUAUCUUCACUAUUUGAUAUUUUAAUACAUUUUACCAAAAAAGAAGGAAUGUGGCUUUGAAGUGGAGUACAAGAAAAUAUCAGAAAAGAUCUUAAACUAUUUAAUUACAGGGCAUAGUUGCAUUAAUGUUAAUCUGUACUGCUGUUCUAAAUGUAAUGCCUUAUGAACGGAUAUGUAAUUACUCUUCAAAUGAGAAUAUUUAGAAUGUAAAUAAAAAAUUGUUUGAUUAUUGAA